AGCAGUGAAACCGGUAAAGUGUAAGUGGCACUACUCCCACCGAGCUUGUUCCGGACGCUACGGACAUGUAAUUCACCAAUUCUAGGGUUUCAAAAUCCCCGCCAAAAUUCUCCAUCUCCAUCACUCACACUCACAACAAUGGCGGACGAAGCUGCUGAACUAAAAGCCUCCCCUGAUCCUCCCAAAUCCAUUGAAUUGCCCAAAGAUGCUACUGACUCCCCAUCAAACUCCUCCCUUCCUCCUCCUCCGCCUCCUCCGCCUCCUCCUCCUCCUCCUGCUCUCAACUCCGCAGAUGAAACCCUCCCCAAAAAGCCAUUGAGUAAUCGGGAAUUCGUCCUCGCAAUCGCCUCCAACCUAGCUUCCCUCCCUCUUCAGAUCAUCGAUUCUAAAGUUUGGGGUGUUCUCACUGGCAUUUCCCCAAAUGCCUGUAAGCGCCAACAGGGUAGACAUAUUCUUUUGACCGAUGAUGAACACUGCCUUGGUCGAUUGAUAUCAGAUAGCCGAUAUCAGAUUGACUCUAAUUCAGUUAGCGCAAAACAUUGCGUAAUUUAUAGGAAGAGCACUGACGAUGGAUCUUGUCCAUCAGUUUUCCUCAAAGAUACAAGCACAAAUGGAACAUAUAUAAACUGGCAGAGGUUGAAGAAGAAUAGUCAGGAGGCUAAAAUCUGCCAUGGGGACAUCAUAUCACUUGCUGCAGUUCCCCAACAUGAGGUCGCAUUUACAUUUGUCUAUAGAGAAGCGGCUGCAGUUACUUCAUCAUCAGGUGGUGGAUCUGCAAAAAGAAAAGCAGAUGAGGAUAUAAUGAAGGUGGGAUUUGUCGCUGAAAACAAAAAGUUAAGAGGUCUUGGAAUUGGUGCUCCUGAUGGUCCGAUAUCUCUUGAUGAUUUUCGAAGUCUUCAACGAUCAAAUAAGGAGCUUAGGAAGCAGUUGGAAGAUCAUGUGAUUCUGAUAGAUUCAUUACGUAAUGAAAAUCGUGCAUCCGUGGAGCACCAUGAAUGUGAGGUGAAAAAGCUUAAAGAGUCCAUAUCAAAAUCUUAUGAAGAUCAAAUCAUUAAGUUGCAGCAGUUGAUUGAUGAAAAACAGAAGGAGCUUGGGGAGGUUCAAAGAAUAUCUUCCGAACAAAAACAUCUUAUAGAAGAUCUUCAAGAAAGACUCGGUGCUACUACUCAAUCAUGCAAUGAAGCAAAUGAAAUUAUAAAUAGCCAGAAGGCAUCUUUAAGCGAAUUGAAGGUUCAAAUUGAUGAAGUGCGUGAUCAGAGACGAGAAGAGCGAGAGAAGGCUGCUGCAGAUCUGAAGGCAGCUGUACAGAAAGCUCAUGCAGAGGCUCAAGAUGAAUUGAAACGCCAUUCGGAUGCUACCUCAAGGCGUGAAAAAGAACAGCAAGAAGUAAUCAAUAAACUUCGGGAAGAUGAGAAAGAUCGGUGCUUGCUGGUGGAAGCAUUGAGGUUCAAGUUGGAGGGGACUAGACAGAAAUUAGUCAUGUCAGACAAUAAAGUUCGCCAGCUAGAAUCUCAACUUGGUGAAGAGCAGCUAUCCUGUUCGAAUGAAAGAAAAAAAGUUGAAGAACUUGAACGUGGAAUAAAAGAACUGCAGAAAGAGCUUGAGAGUGAAAAGGGAGCAAGAGAAGAGGCUUGGUCUAAGGUAUCAUCCCUGGAACUUGAAAUAAAUGCUGCAAUAAGGGAUCUUGAUUUUGAGAGGAGGCGGCUAAAAGGUGCUAGGGAAAGAAUUAUGCUUCGGGAAACACAGCUACGAGCAUUUUAUUCUACUACCGAAGAAAUUUCUGCUUUGUUUGCCAAGCAGCAGGAGCAAUUGAAAGCGAUGCAAAGGACUCUAGAAGAUGAAGACCAUUAUGAAAAUACUUCUUUCGAUUUUGAUCUCAAUGUCUCCCCCGAGCCUGCGAAUGGAAAUUUACUUGGAGAAAAUGCGCGGAUGAACUAUUGUAACAAAUCUGCCAAAACUAGUUCGGCUAUGUCAGCUCAAAGGUUCGAGCCAGUCCAAGGUGAGACGUCUACCAAUGAAGCCAGCACCGAAAAGCACGACUGUGAGUUCAGAAGUCAAGAAUGUCAGAAUACUCAAGAGGCAGAAUUCACAAGUGCUGAUGCUAGUGUUAAGGGAGGAGGUUUUGGUUCUGACAUUGAUGGUAUUGGGACAGCUCCUAUUUUGGAAGAAGACAUAGUUGGGACUGAACGGAUUCUUGAAACGGAAAGUCCAGGAGUUGACGUCGACCGAAACAUGGAUUUGAACAAGGGUAUGACCUUAGCCGGGGAAACUAUGUGUUCUGAUGGUGAAGGUUGUGCAGGAGAGAUGGAUGAACAGGCCAAGAUGGUUGAUCGGGAAGCUUAUUGUCACUCUCAGACAAAUCAAACAAGCGAUGCUGUUGAUGCAAUUGAAGACACUGAAGCUGGUGGAACAGUCAGAACCGAUGACCUCUUAGCUUCCGAAGUUGCUGGUAGCUGGGCUUCCAGUACCGAGCCAUCGAUUCACUGUGAGAAUGAGACUCAAAGAAGCAGCAAAGGCGACGAGGAAGAAGGCGGUGGAGCUCUUCAUGACUCCAACAGCCCGGUCACUGGGAGUCAAAGUACUCUUUUCAAACCUGUUGCAACAAGAUGGAACUCUGAGCAUCAAACUUUGAGCGAGAUGAUCAGAAUAGUUGCUCCUGAAUCAAAACAAUUUUUUCCCUCUACGAAGGAUGAUCCCGAUGGGGAAGAGAACAUUGCAUCUGGCUCAGACACAGAAAAUUGCUCGGAUAACGAUGACGAUGCACAUGAUAAUAACGAAACCAAUGCCGAGGAAGCGAGAGUCUCAGAUUCAGAAACUCAAGGAGUCGAUGUAAUAGAACCAAAACUAGACGAUCCAAUGGAUGAAGAUGAUGACGAUACGCAAGAAGAUUCUGUAGGAUAAAAUUUGGAGAGGCUGGAGCUGUAAAUAUGUUCACAUUCUGUUCUUAUCAUAUCUUCUUGAGGUAUCUUCCUUACAUGUGUCCAUGUAAGAUAAUAAUAUAUAUCCAUUAUGUUUAUAUCUUAAUUUUUUUUUCAUUUCUUUCUUCACAGCUCUUCUGGAAUGAUUAAAUGCUGUUUAAUGUAGAUGAUAUUGAAGCUCAUGAAAGUAGUAAGUUAUUCUCUUUUACUUCUUUCAUGCGUACAAUAUUCCAAAAAUCAUUUAAAUAACAACAGCUGCAAUGACCCGAAUGGCGAUUCUAUACCGUGAGUAUCUAAGUUAGUCUAUAUUGUACAACUUGAUUCUAGAACAUUCAGUUGUGAAGUAGUAAGGUCUACAAGAUCUUGAUAUUUACAACUUUAUUUGUUGAUUUUUAGAAGGCGGAGAUGUUAAAGUGUCAGGAAAUUUUAUAUUCAAUCUUAAACCUUUACACAA